AUGGCACCAAUUAUUGACAGAUUUAAAAGUUUUUUUCGUAGUGGUUCUCAACCAGCUUCUACUAAAAGAUUGUUAACUCAUGUGAUCAAGUAUGAUGUUGAUCCGGCAUUGGAAUGGCAAGUUGUUGAAGACCUUGGCGAUGGAGCUUUUGGAAUGGUGCAGAAAGUGCAAAGAAUAAACGAUCAUGGGAGAUUUGCAGCAGCGAAGGUUAGUUUUUAAUGAUUAUUAUGAAUUUUUAGGUAAUAAUAGUUUACAAUUUUUUAAAAAGCUUGUUCGAUUGAUUAUUUAAUUGAUAAUUUUUAUUUUAUAAAGCUUAUUUAUAGUGCAUUUCCCUUGAGGACGGAGAAGAAUUAGAAGAUUUAGUAGUCGAAAUUGCCAUUUUGAGUGCGUACCCUCAUUCAAAUGUAGUUGGGUUAAUUGAUGCAUAUUUUAUCGAAAACAAAAUAAGUGUAAGGUCAAAGUUUACAUUGUAAUUUUGUUUGUUUACACGUUAUGUUAUUUGUUAUCUGAAAUUUUCAGAUGAUGUUAGAGUUUUGCGCUGGAGGAGCGGUCGACGAUAUAAUGUUGGAAUUGGGGAAGCCGUUGAAUGAAAGCCAAAUUUGUUAUAUUACACAUUACGUGCUGUUAGCAUUAGAAUAUCUUCAUGCUAAUUUGGUAAUACAUCGUGACUUGAAGGCCGGGAAUAUUUUGUUAACAUCGGAUGGAACUGUAAAAUUGGCAGAUUUUGGUGUUUCGGCCAUGAUGAAGGAAAAAAAUGAAAAACGAACUACCUUCAUAGGAACCCCGUAUUGGUAAGCUUAUUUAAAAUUUUUCGUGUUGACGUUUUUAGUGCCUUGGGGUAUAGAAAACGGUGGUACAAUACAAAAAUCUAUCUUCAAAUGCGUAAAGCUUUAAAAUUGACUUGAUUUGCGGGCAACAAUUUGCGAAGGAAAAUAAUACACGAAGAAAGCGCGGCUGAGUGGUCUAGUGGUAUGAUUCACGCUUCGGGUGCGAGAGGUCCCGGUUUCGAUUACCGGCUUAGCCCAAUUUCUUUUUAAAUUUACUUUGUUUUUACUACUUAAUUUAAAAUCAAAACAAUGAAGCAAAUUGGUUUUUUUUCGAAGUUUGCUUGUCAGGGGCGUCGCUACGGUUUUUCUUUUGAGAGGGGGGGAGGUCAAAAAAUUCCUUUUUAUAUUUUUUAACUUAUUUAUUUAUAAACUUUAGGAUGGCGCCGGAAGUUUUAGUGUGUGAGACGUUCAAAGACAAUCCGUACGAUUGCAUAUCUGAUAUUUGGUCGUUGGGUAUAACAUGUAUCGAAAUGGCGCAAGUAGAUCCUCCACAUUAUCAAAUAAGUACAAUUCGAGUGGUUGUGAAGAUCCAGAAAGCCAACCCUCCUACUCUCGACAAUCCGCAACGUUGGUCGACACUGUUUAAUGACUUUAUUGCUAGUUGUUUGGUAAAAAAUCCUAACGAUAGGCCGGCAGCAAAGAAUUUAAAAACGGUGGGUUUUUAAUUGAAAUUUUCUUGGUAAAAAAUUAAAACUUUUGGUUUAUGAAUUUAGCGUUGAAAAUUUUUAUAAAUUUUAUAGCAUCCCUUUGUGAACGAGGCACCGGACAAGCGACCUAUAAUCAUGUUGUUAAACGAAAAGAAUGCUGACAUUGUAAAUGAAGAGGUGCUACUAGAAGAAACAGGCUCUGUUGAUGAGUCAGGUUCGGUAAAAACUGUUGAUUUUGAUUCGUCGUCAGAGGUUGGUUCUCAAAAGUUUUCGGCUCCUGGUACGUCUUCUGAUUUUUCACAUGGCCACAAGCGGUUGGCUGAAAAAUUAAGUCCAGAUGCCACGCCGAUAGCGAAUGAAGUUAAUGGGAAAGUGGCUAAGAAAAGAUUUGCUGCUCCAAAACCUCCUGAUGAGGACCAUACACCAUUGGCAAUACAUCAAGAUAGGACUGAGGAGGUACGUAAAAAUGGUGACUUAAGUUUAACAUCUUUUCGUUGAUUAAAGCAAUAUUUUUUGGGAAAACUUAUUUGUUCUUUAUUUGUAUUUGUAUUAACAUUUGUAGAAUCAGGAUGUUAAAGAGACACCAUGUCGAAAUGGUUUUGCUAAAAGUUUAACACGUUUUGAAGAACCACUGAGCGAACUACAGAUUUCUGAAAACAGUCCAAAACAAAAACGAAACAUUUCGCCAGGAAAAGAAGCGCUUGAGAUUCUGGAUGAUUUGGAUAAUGUUCUCGAUAAUGAUGAAGGUGGGCGCUUUGAAUUGUUUUUUUUAUUUUUAGAUACGAAGCAAAUUGGAAUAUAAAUUUUGUUUAACCAAGUUGGUUUUUCAUGAAUUAAAGUUUUACUUUAGAAAACUCAACUCCACCACCUCCUGAACCACCAAUUGAUUACGACGAAACAAAGAACAACCAGGGAUUUUCAACUUCAAGAAAUAUUAGUAUCAGGAAUAAUGCUUUCAAUGUGGAUAGGCCUCAAAGUUUUGUCAAAUCCGAUGGAAAUUCUCUACGUUCUAGUACGUCGCCACGGCGGUCGAAACAUAUACGCGAUGUUUAUGUCGAACCCAUAUCUUCAAUCUCAGCAAUGGAAAACAAUCCACAUUUAAGACAGGCGGCGGACGAGGAGCCCAAGCUUCCAUCAUGUUCAUCUGAAUCUUUGAAGAAGAUAGAUUACUGUAAUGAAAAAGAAAAUCGACCGAUUGAAAGUCAGGGCUCUAUAAAUAGUGCUAAAUUACAAGGAAUACCACAAAUUACUUCAAUGUUACAUCGGCAGCAACCUAAUAGGGCAACGGUGACGCGAAAGACAAGAACGUACAUGGUAGAUGGGGUACAGGUUACUAGUACGACCUUACACGUUCUUGGGGCACAGCAGGAUUAUGCUAUGAGGUAAUUAUUUAAAUUUUAAGAUUUAAUAGAGUUUUUUUUGGUUUUCAAAAAUUUAAUGUGGUAUUUUUAUAAUUUGAUGACCCAUUCUAAUUUUUACAAAAAAACUCAAUUUUAGGAAAAAAGAACUUCAAGAAUUGAAAAGACUGCAAAGACAAGAAGCCCGGGACCGACAGUUACUAAAUGAAAGAAAUGAACAAGAAAAGGAAGUUCAAGAUCGAAAGUUUACUGACUUUAGAUACGUAAGUCAUGUUUUAGGAAAUUCUCACAAAAGUUUAUGUAAACAUUGAGUUUUGAACGAUGCAUGUUUUUUUGUUACAGCUGACGAAUUAAGUUGAUAAUAAAGAAUGACUUUAGAACGUUAUCAAAGCUUUUGAUACUGAAAUGGAACAGUUAUGCAAAUUACAAAAGAAACGAAUGGAAGAGUUAGAGCGAAUACAAGAUGAAGAGAAAAAACAAGUGGCAAAGAACAUAAGAAUAACUCAAGAGAAGGAAUACCGUGAUUUCCAAAUUCAACAAAGGGAAGAGCUGAAGCGUUUAAAAUACGAGACGGAUUUAUUACCAAAAAAUCAACGAAAAGAUACGUUUAGAAUUAGAAAAGAGCAAUUGGAACACAUACAAGCAAACAGGGUAACUUUAAGUUUUAUGCGGCUGUUUUUAAGUUUGCUAAGUUCAAAUUUUUGCAUUAAUAUACAAUAAUAUUUUUACUUUUUUGAAAACGAGAGCUGUAGCUUUUGUUUAGGAGAAUUCAUUUUUUGCUCACAGACAAAUGGCUGCAAACAAGGUGUUGGAUGAUCUUCAACAACGUCAUCAAGAGGCUUUAGCCCGGUUAGAUCGACAAUUCUUAAAAGAUAAACAGGAUUUGCAGCGAACAGUGGAAAGCACGUUGUGGGAACAGGAAAGACAGCAAAUGAAAGAACGGUUUGCAUUGCGGAGACAGCAACUAAAGGUAAUAUUAUUAGUAUAUUACAGUGGAACCUCUGUAUAACGAAGCCCCUGUAUAACGAACACUUAAAACCCGGUUGAUACUAUACAAGUCCUCCUGUAUAACCAAACCUCUUUAUAACGAACAAAUUUAAAAUAUCCUAGCAAUUCGUUAUACAGAGGUUCCACUGUAUUUUUUUAAAAGUUUUUAAUAAUUUUGUAAUAACUUAAAGAUUCUACGUAUUGGACAGAAGACUUUUAUUUGAUAAGAAAUAAAUGUUAUUUUAGGGGAAUUUUAACAACCAGCGUUACCUGAUGCAGCAAAGGCACACUCUCGAGACAGAACACAUACAGAAAGCACACCAGGCGUCAGAAGAACAUCUCAUACGAUCACUGGCUGCGGCGAAAAAACACAUGCCUAAAACGCUGAGAAGUGAAAGUAAAACCAGAGUGCAGAUCUUCAGGGAAUCGUUGAGGAUCAAUUAUCCGGUAAAACCUUUUAAUUCAGAUUUUUAAAGGAAUACGUUGAUAUUCGCAAAAUACUAGACAUAUUAUAAAAUGUUUAAAACUGGCAUAACAGUAUCUUACUGGUUUAUCGUCGUUCUUUUAGAAUGAGUCAUCUCAACAGUGGCACGACAGAAUUCGAGAUUUUGAGGAGCACGAAAAACGAAGCAUACGACAAAAGCUGGACGAGUACGAUCUGAAAUGUAAACGAAGAUUGGAAGAGUUACGCGAAAGUAACGAAAUCGCACAAAGAGAGUUGGAACAGAUUCAGGUAAUUAGUUUCUAAUAGGGGCGAAAAAUUAGUAUUGUUGCUUUAUUUAUGCUGAACAUUUUGGAGCUGUAAAAAAUAAAUGUACAAUUUUUAUAUUUUUUGAGGAGUGUAAAAUUUAAAUAGUCUUUUAAUUUUGUUUUUUCAGACCGAAAAAUCAGAAAUGAUUUUGAAAAGCGAAGAGCAGAAAGUGGCGGAGUAUGAAGAAGAGUACAAACAAGUUUUGGCCGAUUGGGAGCAACAGUUACCUUUUAGAAAACGCGUACGUUCAGGUUCAGUUAAACCACGUCUUUCUCAGAGUUUUUGUUCCUCUACGUCUCAACAGUUUAAUCUGUCGAAGUCUUACCUAACAAACGUCUCGUUUAUGGUAUGUCUUAACGUUGGUUUGGGGGUUUUCUUUUUAUAAAAGCUGUACAUUUUUUUAAAAAGUUUAUACGUAUUUUAUCUAAUUAUACGUCUUAUUUUCCACAGAACAUGGAAGAGCCUUUGUCUUCACGUCUCAAUCCUGACUAUACUCUUGCAUUGUGCCUUCGGCAACGUCUGCGUCGAUUAGGCAAUCGAUUCGAAGAAGAAACGGCAUCACACACAUCAUCUCCAAAAAACAGUGCUCACACCAGUUUUUCGGAAGCGGAUAGACCGUAUCAAGGCUUUCGGCAAAUGGAACACGAAAACGUGAUAUCGCGCAAGCGAACUGAAGUACAUUCAGCAACUUUGCCCCACGCACUCUAUAACAAAAGUCUGGAAGAUGUUACUCAAAAUUUGUCUCAACAUUCUAUUCAAAAUUUGAAUUCAUCUUUUAGGAGUUGGAUUUAUAGGAAGAUGAGAGGAACACUAUGAUUUUCAUAAAUGUAAUUGAGACAUUUAUAUGAUUUUAACGAUUGUUCUUCAGCAAUGCAAUAGAUACUUGUUUUAAGUCUUAAUGCUAUUCUGUAUGUCUGACAGUAGUUGACGGUAUUUUUAUUUUACUUAUAUUCGCGGGACCAUUAAAAAUGAGUACUGCAGACUGCAAAAUAUUUUAAUGUUUUCAAUAAUUGAUUUUAAUUUUUGCACUUUUUUUAAUUUUAUAGAUAAGUUUUAAUAGGUGUUCUCUUUUGUAUCUGUAAUAUUUGUAAGGAGCUAUUUUAUUAGUGGUAUGCUCCAAUAAUUAAUAUUUUGUAUGAAAACUAGCUUUUCUGGGUAUGAUCUACUAAUAGUAGGAAAUAAUUGUUUUUAGCGAUAGCUGGUUUGUUAUUUGUUGAAAAAUGUUUAAUAAAUGUUGUCUUUUUAUUAUUUUUUAUAUUGCCUAAAUCUAAGCACUAUUUCCAUUUUUUUGUAAAUCUUGCAGAUUUAUUUAUUUUUUACAUAACUGUUUUUUAUUUGUUUAUUAUUCUUGUACAGACAAUACUGUUUCUACCAUACUUUCAUAUAACUCAAAUUUUAGGAAUUGGAAGACCGUUUUCAAAAGGAAAUUUACGAUCAAGACGUAUUCUAUGCUCCGCUCAACAACUCGAUGGCCGGGCAUGAUAAAGGGCCUAAUUCUAUAUCUUCACUUUGA